UACGUAUUCUGGAUUGAGACCUUGUACAAAUACUGAACAUCUGCCACACCGGUACAACCUCACCUGAAACCUGUACAAGCAAGCUGCAGUAAUGUUAAGACAAAGCUCCUCUUUGUGGGUCAGUGAUGCAGCGGGAGUGACGCAGCAGUGGCAGCAGCCUCCAGAAGGCAACUACACACAGCAGGAACAAGGAACCUCUGCCAGAGAACCAUAGUCCACAGGCAACAUCCAGACAGCAGGGAAGAGGGAAGAUGGUACAGGCCUAAUCUAGGCCAAAGGGAGCUCGGGAGCCGGGUAGUCACUCUCCUUUCCUCCUCCUAAACAAACACCAGAGAGACAUCCACAGCGGCAGAGACAGGCCCAGCAGGACCUUCCGCACAGAAACAUUUUGAUGACUGUGGUGUCCCCAUGCACUCAGAACCUGAUGGAUAGCGCUCACCCUCAAACUCUGCUUAGCAAACUCAAUGAGCAGCGCUCACAAGGCCUCUUCUGUGAUGUUACCAUUGUGGUGGAGGAUGUUAAGUUUCGGGCCCACAAGAACAUCCUGGCAGCCUCCAGCGGGUACUUCAGGAAUGCUCUGACAACUCCUGAGACAUGGAACUCUAGCCAAGUGCUGGAGCUGAUGGAUCUGAAGUCUGAGGUGUUUGCCAGUAUCCUCAACUUUAUCUAUUGCUCAAAGGUGGCGUCGCCUGGUGCAGAGGACACAGGGGGGCUAGUGGCAGCAGGAAAAAGACUUGGAAUUCCUUUCUUAGAGAAGCUUGCAGAACAGGAGAGACAGGACGAAUGUGUUAAAUCCACAGACUUGAGCACAGCCCUAUUGUCUAAAAAAACAAAGAAGGAAGCUCCCAGGCCUGAAGAGAUAGAAAGUGCCAAAGGGCCACGCAUCACCAAUGCCUUUUCUAUCACUGAAGUGUGUCCUGGGAACAAUCUUUUCACCCCUCUGGUUCAAACAGAUGGGGAGAGGCAGUCACCAGAUGUAGGACAGCACCCAUCAAGUUGCCACACAACCUCAUGCCUCAAUGGGGACAAUGAGACAACGCAAGCCCUUUCAGAGCACUCAUAUGCAGUGAGCAAAUCUACUGAAGGCAAGGAUAGCAGUGUGUGGGACAACAGGAAGGUCUGUAAGCCAGCAAUAUUACAGCCAAAGCAUCUCAUUUACAGGAACGCAGGCCCGCUUAAAAAGCGCCACAGGCUGAGAGUCUCUUUGGGUAGAAGUAUGCUUCCAACACCAGCUGAACCACAGUCAGAUGAACCAAAUGCAAUAAAACCCACAUUACCCGAUGGUGUUUCUGCAGCACCUGUCGCAGUUAUGACACCACCUCCACUUUUUUCAGAAGCAGAAACAGAAAGAAGCAUAGACCCAGGGCUACCUAUAGCCACUGACAAUGUUCAAAUGGAGUUAGGCCCACCCACCCUUUCUCCUCACACGGAGGACAGCAUUUCAAUCUACGGAUGUGAGCACUGUCCGGAGAUAUUCACAAAUAAAGCUCUACUCACUAUUCACUCAGAGGUACACAAAAAGCGUUUUGUCAGUCAUCUGUUUUGCAAGUUUUGUCACAGAAAGUUCAUACACCUGAAACGGCUGCGCAACCAUGAGCAGGUCUGCCCCAAAGCUGCUAGAGGCCCGCCUAAGCUAGAUGCUACUGAUAUAUCAACCAAAGAGGUGGAUCUCCACUUAGACGACAUGCCGAACAUUGAGAGCAUCACAACAGAGCUUCCCGCUGCUGACCUCUCCACACUUCACACCCCAGAGCCCCUUCAAGUGGACCGAUCAGAGCCCCUACAAGCUGAAAGGGCAGUGAGGCCAGAUGGUGGUCAUAGGAGAUACAACUGCAGUGUGUGCAAACGGGUCUAUGUCACCCUAUCCAGUCUGAAGCGACAUGAGAAUGUCCAUUCCUGGCAGAGGGCCUAUCCCUGUCAUUACUGUAAUAAAGUGUUUGCCUUGGCAGAGUACCGUACAAAACAUGAAAUCUGGCACACAGGUGAACGCCGGUAUCAGUGCAUUUUCUGCCUGGAGACAUUCAUGACAUAUUAUAUCUUAAAGAACCAUCAGAAGUCUUUUCACGGCAUUGAUCCCAGUCUAGCUGUGAAGAAAAAAUCUGCGAACGGUGGGCUGAAAGCAAGCGUUUAUCCAAUCAAACUCUACAGGCUUCUGCCUAUGAAAUUUAGAAAGAGACAAUACAAGACAUACAGUCAGACAUAUUCAGAAAGUGUUGAAAGAGAUGACCAAGCUCCACCUGACAGCAACUCUCUUAUCCCUCCAUUUGAAGAAAAUGGUCUGAUCAGCCACCCUGAUGCCGUUUCAUUCCCUCCGACAUUCAUGGCAACGACAAAGAUGGUGGCACCUGUCAUGCCUCGCAUCAGCUUUGACAAGCCAUGUGACCAAGAUAUUGACCAAAGUCUGAACAGUGAAUUGGAAAUUCAGAGAGGCACAAGAAAAGAAGGUGAGAAUAGAGAUUCACAAUUCAUUAACUAUGACAGCAGCUUCUCCUUUCAACCUGAUACAGAGUCUCCUGCAGUGGGUUACAAAGGUGAUCUUCCAGUACUAAGUAACUCAGAACACAUUAGUCAUAAUGUGCCAUUCUUAAACUCUUUGAACACUGUUAAGAAGUUAGGUGAGCUAUCAGCUUCUGCAAAAAGAGUUGAGGAUAUGACCAAGGAGAUACUUCAAUCAAGCAACGAGAACCGGGUACAAGACAAGAUGGUGGGGACAAAGACAGAAACAUAUAUUGCCAAACCUGCAUGCCCGGGUCCAUCUGUGGAUGGUGCCUCCAUGCCGCUCUGUCAGAUAACAGUCAAAAUAGGCAAUGAAGCCAUCAUCCGCCGCCAAAUCAAAGGAUCUAAGCUCUUCCCCAGAAGGAAAAGGAGAAUCAGAAAACUGAGUGACGACAGCCCUAGUCAGUGCCCUCCAACGAGGGAAAACUCCGAGAGCCCCAGACUUCGCCUCAGACCAGAAGUCACUGCUGCCACAGAGCCAGAGACAUAUGAUGAUCCCAAUGACUGUGACACAGCUGAUAUGCUUUGGCGUCCCUACUAUUCUUACAAAGCUAAAAAGAAAAGGAAGAAGUUGAGAUUAAAGCACAGAAAAGCUUUUUUUCAUUGCUAUCCUGAAACAUCUGUAGAUAGAACUGCUGCCACUGAGGCCCACCUUGAUAAAAAUAGUUGGUUGACAGAUGGGAGCAUCUCAGGUGGUAGUGGAGAGGUGAGACGUAGCCUUAGCAGGAACUCAAGCCCGAGGGCCACCUACAACUGUGACAUCUGUGACAGCUCUUUUAUCACAGAGACCGGUCUUAGAGCUCAUGUUAUUGGUUCCCACCCAUGUUUCUGCCGAACCUGUGGUAAACAAGGUCCCCCUGGUGAGGCACCUGCCGGUGGAGAUUACAUCUGCAGCAACUGUAUGGAAAAUGGCUCUUGCUUUGAUAAUACACCCCGGAGCCCCAACCCAGAGAAGAAGUAUCGCUGCUCUUUCUGUCCCCAGCGUUUUCUCUACCUAGCCACCAAGAGAAGCCAUGAGAAAAAACACCAGGAGACAAAUGAUGAGCAAUAUAAUUAUGACAACUUCACACCAUGUACGAAAUACUCAGCAAACCUGAGUGAAGACAAUAACCAAAACACCAUCAAAACAGAAGACAGCGACAAUCAAGGGGGCCCUGACAUAAAAAGUGAAAGGCUGGAAGGAGGACAUUUUUCCGCUGAUAAAAUUAAGACUAAAACUGAGGAUACAACUGAUUUUACGUCUUUGACUACCUACCAAGACAUGUCAUUUUCCAACAUUAAAAAUCCAUUCUCACCUUGCAUUGACCCACUGCUUUCCCUGACACCCUUGAAGGUGAAACAUAAAAUGACAAAAAAAAGGAUCAAUGCACAGCAUUCUAUCCAUCUCAUCCAAAAAAAGCAGGCAAGUGAGAGAGACAGCGACAGCAACAAGGAUAUUUUGAUGGGACCAAGACCAACCAGUCACGAUGACCGUGAGAAGUCCUGUAAACUGUUUAGGAGAAAUGACUGUGAAACUAAAGGUACCCACAUUUCUAUACACAAGCCAGAAAAAUGGCGGUGCAAAGAGGAGCCAUUUUUUUAAAAGAUCCUUGAGGACUGUGGCUGACAAUAGGCAAAAGAGAAAUUGAAAGUUGGCUUCAAACUGGCUUGGUUAAGAAAUGUAAGAGUUGUGUUGUCUUUAAAUAAAAUCUCUUGAAUGGACAACACUAAAUAUGAGGAUCUAAUAUCAAUAUAGGCUGCAUUUUCUUCCUUCUUAAACUCAACGACUGAGUGAUUUUUCACCUUUGUAGAAGAUAUUUUUUGGAUAAUAUAUAGGACCUUAUGACACAGACUGUACUUUGUCCAUUGUCUAUGCAUACAUGGCAGACUCAGUGACAUGACUGUAACCUCACGAAAAUACAUGAAUGUUGGCAACAUUUCUUCAAAUGGUGUGCCGUUUCAGGAAAGGGGUAGGAUGUGUUCAACAACUGAAAAGCUGUUGAGUGUGGUUACAUCUUUACUUUUUAAAAUAUGUGUGGGGAAAACCAUAUGAAUUUUGCAACUGUCACAUUUCUGAAUCUCCUAUUCAGUUAACUUGCCAUGGUGAGUUGCACUUUAUAGUUAGACUAUGCUAAUCUGCUGAUAAAAUACUUUGAUAAUUCAAAUUCAAUUUUAAGCACCAUUGAUACAAUUCUAAUUUAUAAUGAACACAUGGCAACAUUGAGAUUACCUUUUGUGUGUUUAUGUAUAAAACAUGUAAAACUAUUUAAAUAAAUGUUGAUAUU